AUGCCCCCCGCCGGCACCUCAAACUCGCUCAAGCGCAAGGCGCAGGAGAACAUCGGUCUCGACCUCCAACCGCGCAAGCUCGCAGCCAUUGCGGAGGGCCCGAACGCCAAUCAGCCGCUCCGACCGGUCAAGGCGCUGCCCAAUGGCACGGCCGCGUCCAAGCUAGGGAAGGGUCCCCCGCCUCUCACGAAGCCGAGGGCGCCCCCGCUGACUUCUUCGACGACCGUGGCCUCGACGAGAAGGACCAGGUCAACCAGUGCACCACCGAAGACUGCACCUGUAAGGCCACCUGCGAGGCCGACAUCGAGAAUUGGCAGCACCCGGGCAAACGUUCAAGGAGACCAACUUCAAUCGAUACAAGAACAAAUCGCUGGCAUACAAGCAGCGCAAGCCGCCGACGCCGCUCGCUUCAACGCCGACCUCGCCCAAGAGCGCGCCAAACGCUCCGACCUCCAGGCCUCGCACGAGGCCCUCUCCCGCGAGCUCACCAGCUCCCGGACACAGGAGAUCGCGCAGCGCAACGAGCUCUACAUCGCCUCGGACGAGCUCAACGCGCUCCGGCAGCGGCACGAGCGCGAGAUCUCGGAGCUCCAGGCCGACCUCCGCAAGAAGGACCGCGAGCUCCGGGAGCUGAACGAGGACCUCCGGCUCGCCCAGAGCGACCUCGAGCGCGAGCGCGAGACGGUCAAGGGCCUCAAGGCGACCGUGUCCCAGCAGGCGACGGCGCAGCUCUCCCUCACGGCGCAGAUCGGCGCGAUGCAAGCGGAGAAGGCGGCGUUCCAGGCCGAGUACAACCGCACGGCGGGCUCGCGCGCGGACCUUGCGGUGCAGCUCGAACGCGCGACGAAGCGCGUCGAGGAGCUCGAGCGGGAGGCGCGCGAGGGCGAGAGCGUGCGGAGGAAGCUGCACAACAUGGUCCAGGAGCUCAAGGGGAACAUCCGGGUGUUCUGCCGCGUGCGGCCUGUCCUCCGCUCAGACAUCCUCCCUGCGACCCUGGUUGCGUCUACGUCGUCGGACGUCGACUUUGAGGGAACUGCCAGUCCAGACCCGGAGAAGGAGGCGGAUCUCCGCGAGGAAGCGAUGGCCCAAUUGGCCUACCCGGACAGGCUGGACCACAAGGAGAUCGUUGUCAAGGCGUCGAGCGAAAGUGCAACAGGACAGGAGCGCAAGGAAGAGUGGCAGUUCUCUUUCGACAGGGUCUUCGAACCUCACUCCACACAGGGAGAGGUAUUCGAAGAGAUCUCUCAACUGGCUCAGAGUUGCACCGAUGGAUACAACGUGUGCGUCUUCGCGUACGGUCAAACCGGAUCUGGCAAGUCCUUUACGAUGGAGGGUGGUUCUUCCGAAGCCGCAGCUGGUAUGAUCCCAAGAGCAGUUGAGCAAGUCUUCCGAGUUGCCGAGGAGCUCAAGACGAAGGGAUGGCAGUACAAGAUGGAAGGCCAGUUCCUUGAGAUCUACAACGAGACGAUCAACGACCUCCUCGGCAAGGGCGAGUUCGACAAGAAGAAGCACGACAUCAAACAUGACACGAAGACUGGGCGGACGACGGUCACCGACGUCAAUGUCGUCAAACUCUCCUCCCCCUCGCAGGUCCGCACCCUGCUCUCCGUCGCCCAGGGCCGCCGCACGGUCGCGGCGACACUCAUGAACGAGCGCUCCUCGCGCUCGCACUCUGUCUUCACCCUCCGGAUCCGCGGCGAGAACGCGCUCACGGGCGAGUCGUGCGAGGGCAGCCUCAACCUCGUCGACCUCGCCGGCUCGGAGCGCCUCGAGAAGAGCGGUGCCGGCGCGGACAAGGACCGCCUGAAGGAGACGCAGAGCAUCAACAAGAGCCUGAGCGCGCUCGGAGACGUGAUCGCUGCACUGGGCGAGAAAGGCGAGGGGAAGGGGGACAAGCACAUCCCGUACCGGAACUCCAAGCUCACGUAUCUCCUCCAAAACUCACUGAGCGGGAACUCGAAGACGCUCAUGUUCCUCAACCUCUCACCACUGGCCACCCACCUCAACGAGUCUCUCUGUUCUCUCCGCUUUGCGACGAAGGUCAACAACACGGCUAUCGGCACGGCGAAGAAGCAGGCGAAAACGAACCAGACGGCGUAA